AAGGCCGAUCCGCCGCCCCGCACUCCGCCCGGCCCUGCCGCCCACUCCGCCUCCGGCCGGCCCCUCCCCCGCCGCCGGCCAGCCCCGCCCCCGCCGCCCUCCGCCCCGCCGUCGCCGCCCCGCCUCACCAGCGACGGGACCUCGCCGGAGCCGGCGUCGACGCACUGCCGCGUCUCCGCCCGCCAACACUGGGUGCUGAAGAGGAGAAGCUAUAGGCGCUGUCGAUGACGGCCAUGGAGUAGCAUCCCAAAGCUAGCACCUUUGUUUCCGCUCCUGCGCCAUUGCCUGCACUUCCCGCUUAGUUUCCCGAUGAUCCUCUGCAACGCAUUGAGGACCGUUCGCAGACUCCGGUGGGUUCCUCGGGUUCAGCUCAUUGUGGAGCACAGUGAGCCAUACCGAGCGGCACAUUUGUGUGCAACUGCUACCCGUUAUUGGGAUGUUCAAGAAUCAUCAGCUACCUCAAUUUGUGGGUUCACACCAAUUGGUCAUGAGUAUCAGUUGCGGCCUUACUCAGCUGCUCCCGCACGCCGUGGGGAGGAGAAACCCUUGGAUGAGGAUGAGGAUGAGGAGGAGGUGGUGGUCGAUAAGGAGCUCAAGCGAAUGGAGAGGAGCCGGGUUUUCUGGACUGCACAGCAGACUUUCAUGGAGUACCUCCAUUUCACACGGGGGCUGCCCUUUGCCGAUGCUGAGCAUAUAAGCAAGCACUCGCCUGCCUUUGUGAGCAAGCUGCUGGACCAGGUGAAGGAUGCUAUCAAGGACCCUGUGGAGGGGGGUGAGGAGGUGGUGUUCAUGUCAAAGGUGAAGAAGACUGAGGUGAGGGAUCAGAGGGCCACUAAGGCAUUGGUGCGGCUGUUCCGGUACCACCCUGUCAACGAGUUCGAGCCGUUCUUCGAGAGCAUGGGCCUCAAGCCAGGCAAGUAUGAUUCCUUUCUACCUCGGGAUCUCAUGUUUCUUGCCGAUGAUGAGACAUUGCUGGAGAACUACCACUUUCUUUGUAAUUAUGGGUUUGCGCGUACUAAGAUAGGGAGGAUAUACAUGGCUGCUGUGGAGUUUUUUAGAUCUGGUGACAAUGUGCUUCCAUCUAAGCUAAGUGCUCUUGAGGAUCUAGGGUUCAGUAAAACAACUGUGAUAAAACUUGUGACCUCUUGCCCUGUCAUAUUGGCACGUGACCUAAAUGCUGAAUUCAAGAUCAUGCAGUGGCUAGAUGAUUGUGGCAUUAAGAGAGACUGGAUCGGUCAAUUCUUAUCUGUGCAGAAGUCAUAUGAUUGGAAAAAGAUGGUUGAAAUUCCUCAAUUUUUCACUGAAUUGGGAUUUGAUAAGGAGGGUAUUGGUAAAUUGAUCAGCCAAAACCCAGAUUUCCUGUUGGAUGGUUCUGGAAAGGUACUGUUUAGAGUGGUUACCAUCAUGCUGAAAGCAGGUUCUGAAAAAAAGGAUCUAUUUAAUCUUUUCCUGGACUUCCCAGAUGUACCAGCCAGCGAUUUCGCGAGGAACAUACAGAGUGUUAUACUAUUGUUAGCUGAUAUUGAUGUAUGUGAUGAGGAUAUUAAGCAGUUUGUAGUAGCAAAUGCGUCAAUCCUUGGUUCUGCUCGAGUGAAGGCGGCCAACAGCAUUCUUACAAAUCUCAGUGUGGGAAAGAGGCGUUUGUGGAAGAUUAUAAAGGAGGAUCCACGGCAAUUGAUGAAAUACAAAUUAGGGACAAAGCUCAGCCGCCUGCCAUCUUGUGACAGGAGUACUGACCAAUCAUUGGAGGAGAAGGUAAAAUUUUUGAAAGGCAUAGGAUUUGUGGAAGGCUCUGAGGAUAUGAAGAAGGCACUCAAAUCUUUCCGUGGUAAGGGUGAUGAACUCCAAGAUCGGUUUGACUUUUUGGUUAGGACUGGACUUUCGCCAAAGGAUGUAGUGAACAUGAUCAAGAUAGCUCCACAUGUUUUGAAUCAGAAGAUACAUGUCCUUGAGUCCAAGAUAUCUUUCCUUUUAAAUGAGACAGCUUAUCCCCUAAGUGCUCUAGUUACGUUCCCCUCAUUCUUGUCAUUCACUGUCGAGAGAACCAAAGUUAGGUUUUUAAUGUACAAUUGGCUGCAAGAAAGGGGGGUGGUUGCUCCCAAUUUUGCGCUAGCCACUUUCCUAGCUUGUUCGGAGAAAGAUUUUAUUAAGCAUUAUGUAAGAAAACAUGAAUUGGGUCCAGAGGUCUUUGAGAAGUUCAAGAGGGAGGUGGCUGAAACCAAAAACAUGCAUUGUACUUCAGAUGAUUAGUACGAUAUUAAUUGGUAUUUUGAAUUAGUUCCCUGAA